AUGCGCGGCGACGCAGUGCGCAUUGUACUACGCGCCUGGAUCUGGUCGGACAGCCUCUUCCGACACAAGAUCUCCGACGUGGCCAUCGUCAGCCAAGCGGUCGCCAUUCUACCCGCCAAUGCGUUCGGCCUCGUCGUUCACCCUUUCCAUCCACUCCAUCCGACUUCUGGUCCUGUCCUUUCGGACGCGAAUGCUUCAGCCACGGCUACAGACCGACCGAGACUGUCCAUCUCGACAAACUUCGUCUUCGAGGGCAUCAAAGUGCUCAUCAUCCGACAGUUGCCCAUUUGGCCGAUCAUCCUCGGCGCUCUACUCGGCCUGGCUCUGCUCGCCUGCAUCGUGGUCGGCAUGUGGCGCUGCGGAUUCUUCCGUCGCAAGCGAUGGUACACCAGUCAGCCGGGCUCCGGACCCGUACUGGCUGGUGCAGGCGGAGCUGGGCCAACCUCGACUCCCGGUCCCGGUCCCGGUCCCGCUUCAAACCCUGGCCAGGGCGCGGGCUCGAGUCACGUCGUGGCGACGCGCAACGGACUCGGCCGGGAGCCGAACCGAGGCGAGAUGCAGACCAGGUCGAGUAUGGACUCGAACAUUGGCAUGGGCAUGAACAUGGGCCCGAAGCCGCUCUAUUAUGGCGGCCAACAACAGUAUCCGAGUCAGCGCGAUCUGCCCACUCCAUACCACCAUGGUCUGUCAAGUUAUGGCCAUCCAGUCACGAUGGAUCCACCCACAACCCUCGAUCCCGGCUACUACAUGGCCGGAACUCCGAUAAAUAUGCGACAUUACGGCACAACUGAAGGACCCACAAUGCUCUAG